AAGGACUUCAGAGAAGUACAGAUCUCCUGAGAGAGUCGAGUUCAUCCACUUUCCAUGCGGGCUCUCUAAGACGUGAACCUGGUGGAUAUAUACAUAUAUACACACAUCUGGCGGACCUGAAAUUAGGGAUAGUCAUUUUGCGACCAUGUUGUGGAAACUAGCCGAUAAUGUCAAGUACGAGGAUGACUGCGAGGAGCGGCACGAUGGCAGCAACAACCCGAGGCUCCCCCACCUGUCGGCCGUCAACCAGCACCUGUACAGCCCGGCCCCUCCUCUGUCUCACAGCAGUUCGGAUUUUCAACCCCCGUACUUCCCACCUCCGUAUCAGCCUCUGUCAUACCCCCAGUCCAGCGACCACUAUACCCACCUGGGUGACCCUUUUUCCAUCAACACACUGCAUCAGCCUCCCCCCACCUCAAACCAGCAGCAGUCCUGGCCCAACCGGCAAAACCAGGAGCACACCGGUCUAGGCCACCAUGGCCGCUCCGGACUGGCCGGACAAAUUCUAGGCCUGGAUUCUGGGUCGGCCGGGGGUCGCAGAGAGGCCUUCCGCCGACCUGAACUAUUGCUACCACAUGGACACUCCAUCGACUCUGCUGUCAUUGGGGAUAACAUGGGCCUUCAUGACCUGGGCCACAGCAUAGAUGACAUCCAGCAUGUGGAGGAUCCCAACCUUAUGGCGGACACCACGGUGAUUAAAAAAGUCUUAGGAAUAAGAAAUGGCAGAAGUCAGGACCGUAUGCAGUGGAAAUUUUUGGGAAAUGAGGUUCUAGCUGUUGCAGAUGAAGGUCCCGUCGCUUUGCCAAAAGGCAACCUGGGAAUUCCUUACCAGAAAGAGGGCCUGCUUGGAAUGGUCUCCAACCCUACAGAGGUCUUCUGCUCUGUGCCUGGACGACUUUCACUUCUCAGCUCAACCUCCAAGUACAAAGUGACCGUUGCCGAGGUGCAGCGACGUCUUUCUCCACCUGAAUGUCUAAACGCUUCACUACUAGGAGGAGUUCUCCGCAGAGCUAAAUCCAAAAAUGGAGGCCGGUCUCUACGAGAGAAACUGGAUAAAAUUGGCUUGAACCUUCCUGCUGGCAGAAGGAAGGCAGCUAACGUAACUCUGCUCACUGCAUUGGUGGAAGGAGAGGCUGUUCAUCUUGCUCGAGAUUUCGGCUACGUCUGCGAGACUGAGUUCCCAGCCAAAGCCAUGGCUGAAUACUUGAGCCGGCCGCACGUCGAGCGAAAUGAAAUUAGCAGUCGCAAGAACAUGCUGCUUGCUGCCAAGCAAAUAUGCAAAGAGUUUACAGACUUGUUGACACAGGACCGCUCACCUUUGGGGAACUCACGGCCAACACCGAUCCUCGAACCAGGAAUCCAAGGGUGCCUAACCCACUUUAGCCUCAUCACACAUGGAUUUGGCAGCCCGGCAAUCUGCGCUGCAAUGACCUCCCUGCAAAAUUACUUAAAUGAAGCCCUCAAGCAAGUAGACAAAAUGUACCUCAGCUCGGGCAGUGAGCAGCAGGGCUCCUCAGAAAGCGGCAAGUCCGCGGACAAGAUGGACAAACAUCGAAAGUGAGCAGUGGCCAAGAGCAAAGACAGCAACGGGAACUCCUGCAGCUCUUGAUAUUCAUUUUUUUAAUUCCAAUUUUAGGUGUUAUGCCUCAUAAGCUGCAAAAUUUACUUCAUAGACCUCCUUUUUGCUUGUUUUUUGGAAACCCUACGGGAAACAUCUUGAUGAGGAUGAAUUGCUUUAUUUUGUUACUUGCUGGAUUAGAGGCGCUUGCAGAUACAGCUUCAGUGAUAAGUUCUCUGCAGGAUGGGAUUUAUCCUUUACUGGAAAGAAGAUGAGACUGUCUUGACGGCUGUUCUGCUCCAUUUUGAAACACUUAAGCAUUGAGGUGUAGCUGCCCAUUUCCCCUCAGAAUCGAAUGCACAACAGGACUUUCUUGGAUUUUCAAUGCCAGUUGCACUGCAGAAGGAAACCAUACAAGGUUUUAGGUCAAGAAUUCAUCUUCCCAGAAGCCUCCCACAUCUAAUGCCUUAUGCCCCGUGGGUUCAGCUGGUACAGGGAGGGUAGGUGGAGAGGAGAGAAUGACAAUCAACAGAAAUGCCACCAGAACCAUAUUGAUGUGGGCCUUUGAUGGCGCACUGGGCUUUACCAGCGAGCUUUCAGAGGCGUGUUCCAGAAGCAGCAUAAAGCGUAUUCUGUUUGAUAUGCUUUAUUUAACAUGGUGAUUCUUGUGGGAACUCACACAACUCCACGUUACUUCCCCAAAAGUUGAUGAAAAUCAGUUGGCUAAACCUUGCAGGGUGCCAUCUAUGUGUUUGAGAAAGAAGAAGAAUUAAAAAGAAUGCAAGCGCUAUGUCUGCUAUGAGAAGUUGGUGCAAUCAAACUGCCAAAUGCUGAAAUGCUUUUUUUUUUUUUUUUACCAGACACAUAACCAAAUGUACAAAACACCAUCUUUCAGUUAUUUUUUUAAAACUGGAGUCAGGCAAAACAAAUAAAUAAACAUGAAAUGAUACCGUGCAGGAGAACAUUCUGCUAUACGUGUAGGUUUUUCAAUGAGGGAAAUAGUUUUGUUUCUUGAAUGUAAAUAUAUCUUAUUUAUGUUGUAAUUUAAUGGGAUUUGUAAAUACUGGUGAACCACUUAACUUUUUAAAAUGUUUUAAAAACUUUUUGUAAAUGGGUUUCACUUUUUUUUUUUUUUUUUUUUUUUUUUUUAAAUGGGUACAAGGGCGUUGAAAUAUGUUAUGUUCUGUGUAAAGGUGUUCCUUAUGUUUCUUUUACAAUAAAAAAAAAAACAGGCAUUUAAAAUUAAAAAA